CACUGGCAAGCAUCACUCCCGUUUUGUUCCUCCCUCCAUUUCUACAUACACGUUCUCAAUGUCUCGAUGAUCAGUAUCAAUCUAGGAGGCACGUCAAGGAUCUAGGAACGUGCAAGAUUCACGCCUGUCUGUCUAUAUAUGUAAUGUCCUGUGCCAGGAGGACUUGUGGAGUGCACUCCAAAUCCAGCCAGAUUGAACAUCUCCUACCCGAAUUUCACUAAUCACCUAUUGAAGUCAGUUGGAUCAUCGGUCUCGCUAGGAGGGCCCAGUUGGGUCGGUCGGCUUCGUAUUCUACAUGGGUCGAGCGGUCUCAAAUCAUUCUUAGUAAAUACCAACAUGACUCACUUACGUGUGUUGUAUCCAUCGUUAUGACUUCUGAGUCAUUAUCCAAAUUAUCAUCCUUCCCGGCUUCCUCCCGUCUAAGCCAGGCGUGCACCCAUGGCUGCCCGUGCUUGGUUCAAGCCCGUGGUGGUGUCAGCUCCCAGCAAGCUCAUCCUCCACGGGGAACACGCCGUAGUCUACGGCCGAACGGCCUUGGCCGCCAGUUUGGGCAUGCGCACUCACAUGACCAUUGAAGCCUUGAGCGAGCGGGUCCAAGUCGAUUUCCCCGACAUCGGGGUCCGAAAGGAAUGGCCUUUGGCGUUGAUUCGCCAAAAACUCUUCCCUCGACGACCGCCGCAUCUUGUCCCCGGGGAGGUGGAUCGCGUGUUCACACAAGUCAUUCACGAUUUCCUGGGCGUCAGUCAGGGUGAUCUGGCUCACGCCUCCCUCAUUUGUUUCUUCUAUCUAUUCUCUAUCAUAUGUGACCCAGGGGUGGGCAUGGCCAUUCACGUGAGGUCGGAGAUCCCGAUCGGGGCGGGCCUGGGUAGUUCGGCCGCUUUGUCCGUCUGCCUAGCUACCGGAUUAUUGGCCAUACAGGCUGAAUUCCAGCCCAAGGGCUGUGAUACCAGCCGAGCCGCCAUUUCGGACUGGGCCUUUCUCUCGGAAAAGAUCUUGCAUGGCACCCCGUCGGGCGUGGAUAACGCCAUCAGCACCUUUGGCGGCUUGAUUCGCUUCGCCCAGGGUCGCAUCGAGGUUCAAGAACGCCUGCCAUGCCUCCGAAUUCUACUAGUUAAUACCCAAGUGAGUCGACGGACUAAAGAUCUCGUGGACCGUGUUCGAGUUCAACAUGCGGCCCACCCCCGGGUCAUAGGCCCUAUUUUUGACGCCAUAUCCGGGGUGAGUGAAUCUGCACUGGCCAUCCUUCGGGCUUUGGAGCAGGAUGAUACAGGGGCGGAGGAACAUUACGGCCAAUUGGCGCAACUGAUCGAGUACAACCAACAAUUGUUGCGCACAUUGAACGUGUCCCACGCCUCAUUGGAUCUGAUUUGCGCCAUCGCCCUCGAAUUUGGUCUGCAGGCCAAAUUAACGGGUGCCGGCGGAGGGGGCUUCGCGUUCGUAUUGCUUCCGCCCUCGAUCAAUGAGAAGUCGGUGCUGCUAAUCCGGGAUCGCUUGGAAGAGCGUGGAUUCGUGUGUCAAGAGACCGAACUGGGUGUGGAGGGCGUGGUCAUUCAACCGGCCCAGAGCUCAGACUCGUUUGAAAGUCAACCUAUCAGUGCUUCUUAGAAUCAAUUCAUACCAGCCGCCUUGUGUGAUGGACCCCAAAUGGAGCGAUCUGCGUUGCCUCUCGUAUGGCUAAUUCAUUUCUUGAUUGCUACAUUUUAGUCUUUUUUACACCUUUUGAUGUGAUCUCCCCGCUAACUAGUCGCUCAUUUUAGCCCAAAGACGACCAAUACAUACCAAUUAUAAAUUGA